AUGGGAGAACAAUUUGUCCGUCCGCUACAGGCUAUGUCCGCAUCGCUCACUCACGAUCCCUUGCGGUCACCUAUCCAAACUCAAAUUACAAGUCUGACGGUAGUCAACCAUCAGCAUCCCGGAGCCAACGGAUCGACAACAAGCGUGACCCCCAACCUACUUCCUGCCUCACCUUUCCAAACUCCAAUCCCGGGUCUGACGGAACCCUCGUACGACGACCUAUUCCCCGCCUCACAUCGUACCAAAAAGGAUGAAGUCGGACCAUUCGAGAUUUCCACAAGUUUCUUCAAGAAAGAGUUUGAUAUUGAAAGGCUGCACAAGAUCCACAAAUGGCUAUCCCUUGUCGGUCGACCCAUGCCUCCAAGGCCUCUACACUAUCAAAAAGCCGUCAAGCGCGAUAUUAUUGUCCAUGAGCAGUUUGACUUGCAUCUUGUUUGGGACGACAAACGAAUGUUUCUCAAGCCGAUCCCUGGAUAUCUCUUCUAUCCAACAUUUUGGGACGAAAAUCUUAGCUGCCAGGAACAAUGCGCAGCUGCUCAAGGUAGCACGCAGGGUGCAAGCGGCACUGAGACGGGAGAAGAAGUCCCUCUUUGUGACCGAUGCGAGAUAUAUAAAUGCGCACUUGGCUUUAUGAUAUCCUAUGCUUCCUUAAUAACAUACGAGAGUGAUCUUCACAUCGCUAAGGACGCACAUCUCGUACCAAACGCUCUGGAUUGGCCAGCUUGGAGAAGGCUUGUCAAAAAGCUGCUCACUCCAGCAAACAAGCGCAACAUCAACAAGCGCUAUACCUACGGCGAACUGAAACUGACCCGUUUGAACUGGAUAUACCGGUGUACUUUGAAGUCCCCAUACGGCUAUAAUACAUACAAUAAUUUCUGGCACGACAACUAUGCCCGCAUCGUCUCUUUGUUUGCAUUUAUCGCCCUCGUCCUGACCGCAAUGCAGGUCGGACUUGCGACAACUCGUCUUCAACACAAUGACGCCUUCCAACGAGCCUCCUAUGGAUUCACAGUCUUUUCAAUUGUCUUUCCGUACGCCUGUAUCUGUCUCGCCGUCGGAACCGUCUUUAUACUCGUCGUCUACCAUACGAUUGCAACGUUGGUGUAUCAUAUGACGAAAGGGCUUACGAAGAAGCCUACGAUGAAACCUACGAAGAAACCUGCAGCAACUCAGAGCUCUCUUGCUGCCAGUCCAGUGUAA